UGCUCUGCAGGCCCGUGUUCCUGACUGCUGCCCUUGGGCGCAAAUCAGCGUGAUCGCUGUUUGUGAGGGACAGUGCCAGCAGUGGGUACCCGGUUUCUGUAUGUGCAGGGAUUUUUGGGGCUGGUGGCCGUGGUGUCUGGAGGGAGGUGUGAUGCCAGAACCAAGUUAGGCAGAGUGACGGUUAUCGAGAUUGUUGGGUUUUGGGGUGCGUGGCUCACCAGGAGAGGCGGCGGGAGCUGGGCCUCCCUUUGGGCAAGCGGAAGCUGAGGGGUGUCUACCAGCAGCCUGUGGCUCCUGGCUGAAAAUGAUGGAACCAGUUUCUUCUCCAAUGCAAGCAGCAACAGCCACGAGCUGAGACCUGGGAGGUUCAGGCUCCUCGUCCAUGUGGGUGGCAUUACGCUAGACAAGAGCACGAUGUUCCUGGUCGGACUCUCGGGUGGAAUUGCGUCGGGGAAGAGCACGGUGGUGGCCCUACUCCGGGAACUGGGCUGUGCCGUGAUUGAUGCCGAUGUUAUUGCCAGAGAGGUGGUGCAGCCCCACUUCGAGGCCUAUCGGCGGAUAGUGCAUUACUUUGGCAGCGAGAUCCUCUUGGAGAACGGCGAAAUAAAUCGUGAGGCUCUAGGAAACAUUAUCUUCUCCCACCCAGAGAAACGGCAGCUGCUGAACUCCAUCACCCACCCGGAGAUCCAGAAGGAGAUGCUGAAGCAGAUCUUGAAGUACUUUGUGCUAGGCUACCGCUACGUGAUCCUUGACAUCCCUCUGCUCUUUGAGACCAACAGAUUGACCAAGUUUAUGAAAUACACGGUCUUGGUUUAUUGUGACCCGCCAACGCAGCGCUCUCGGCUGAUGAAGAGGAACGGGCUGUCCCAGGCGGAGGCCAAAGCUCGCAUCGCUUCCCAGCUGCCACUGGACAAGAAGCGCAAAUUAGCGACUCACAUCAUCGACAACUCCAGGGACUGGGAGAGCACGCGUCGGCAGGUCCUGCGGCUGCACGCCCGCCUGGAGGAUUCCCUGGAUUUCCUCUGGGUACGGCUGGCAGCGGGCACGGUUGUAGCCGGGCUUGGAGGGUUGGUGUACCUCCUCCUCCGGCAUUUCAUCUCUUAAUUCACCUUUUCUUUUUGUCAUGGAAGAGGCCUGAAUUUCCAGGUUUGAAAAGGGCAGUGAAAGGCCACCUCUUCUAAUGAGCUUUGCCAGCUGAAUGCAGACAGUGGGAUGAGGCGUCUCCUUGCAGACUUCCCAAGGUGAACGUAGGGGUUUGGUUUUUUCCCAGCACCGUCUCCCCUCUCCUUUCUCCCUGCUCAAGUUCUUACCCACCAGCUGGGUCUGUGGGAUGGGACUGCUCCCCUUGUGUGGCUGCAGCCCGUGGAGGGGACGAGGUCCUCGCUGUCCCCCCGUGGGUCUGUACGGUGGGACUCCAGGGAAUUUAGGCACUUUAAUGUCUUCCAGGACAAUCUCUUUGCUGGGGGAGUAGGUGGCCUCUCAGGUCCUGUUUCUGCUAGCAGGUGUUCCCUCCUAGCUCGCAGCCUCAGCUAAUCUGAAUUUAGACAUGAGAUUUCCCCUUCUUUCACGUCAGUUUAAUGGAAACGCGUUAAAUCUGCCUGGGGGAGGACAGGCAGCACCUCAUUUUGCAUGUGUUAGGCGCUCAGCUUGCUGCUCGCCCUCCCUCCUGCCCUCUAUUUCUGCGAUCAUCGCUUGUGGGUCACCCUUGGCUUUGGAUCUGGGGCUCUGAUACAUCCCCGGAGCAGCCUGAGACCUCAGACCUGCCUCGCCAAAACUCAUUUACUGCUGUUUGAGUGUUCCUUCAGCGGCAGUUUCCCCAUGGGAGAGCACGAGUCCGGGCGAAGCGGGUGCUGGCUCUUUACGUUCUUUUUAAUAAAGUGCUAAACAGCAGCCGGCUCCCCGCUGCUCUGCAACCUA